AUGGAAAAUGUACGUUUAAUUGAACAAGAAGAAGAACAAAAUGUUUUGAGUAGUGUCAUUAAUUCGGAGGCAGUGGAAACCAUAGACGAUCUUGAAGAAUAUAAUGAAGAAUAUAAGAACCUUCAUCCAACAGGAGUAUUAUUAUUACCAUUAGAAGAGGUGACAACAAUUGACCAGGAAAUGAAAGAAAAACAAAAUUUAUUUCAAUUGAAUUAUAAGAAAAUAACUGAAGAAGUUUCAACUGUAAAAGAAAAAGAAACUGGAAUGCAGAAAGAAUUCAUCUCAUCAAUCGAAGAUUUGAUUAAUUGGAUGAAUUCUCGAUUUAAUAAAAUUUUGAUUAAUCAUGAAUUAUUAAAACCAGAAUUAAAUUGGACUUCUAAUUUAUUACAGAAAAUACAAGGAAUUAGUAUUGAAAUUCAAAAGGUUGAAGUAAUGUUAGAAGGUGUUGAAGAAUCAAGGAAAAAAACUCACGAUGAAUCGACAACUUUUGCAACACGAAAUAAUAAUAGUGGUUUAUUAACAUCUUCACCUAAUUCAAGUACAGCAAAUUUCAACAAUAACAAUAACAACGGUAAUGAUACUUCUAGCACUAACCCUACCGCCACGUCAUUACACAACACUCCUGUAAUAACUAAUGUAGCAAGUAAAACUUCAUUGGCAUCUUCUGCAUCAUCAUCAUCUUCCAUGAUCGCUGAUGAAGGAAUAACUGUCACCAGUAUUGUAUUCUCUUCUUCCCUGUUAGAUGAAUGGUACACAAAAGUAGUUGCUGCCGAUGAAUUAUUAAAGCAUGAAGUAUAUGAGCAAGUUAAAGAACUAAUAAACUUCUAUCAACAUGAGAAAUUCAGAGCUCCAAUAGAUUUGGUUAAUCACGUAACAGAAAUAGUAAAUCAUGUCAUCCCUUUAUUAAGUGAUAAAAUCUAUUAUAUUCGCCAAACAUUGUCUCAAGAUAGACAUAUAGGAAGAUGGUUUGAUGGUUCAAAUGAAUCAGACAAAUGGAUAUCUGAUACUUUUAGACGAGUAAAACAAUUCGAAGUACCUGAUCUAAUAAAUAAAUAUGAUUGGACUGAUGAAAAACAAAAUAUUGAAAAUAUGAUCCAAGAUCGUCGCCGAAUAAUUUAUGGAAUAAAACAAGAUAUUUUACAAUUUGAAAAUGAACGUUUAAAAGAUUUGGAACGUAAAUCAAAUGACCUCCAUUCAAUAAUGCUAAAUCAUCAACCCUCCUCCAACUCUCCCGAUCCAGCCUCCCCUAUUGCUACCAGUGCCACUACCACCACCACCUCAUCAGUAUCAUCAAACAACUCCUCAAUCAUCAUUCAAAAUUCUCAAGAAGAUUUAUUAGUAAUAGAAUUGAUGGAAAAGCAAUUAAAAAGUCUAAAGGAAAAAUUAACAAAAUUAAAAAAAUUCAUUGAUAAUAUAUUAUUGCAAACUAAUGUUGAAAGCUUUUUAAUGAUAAUUGAUAUUUUGGAAAAUUUACAAAAUUUACGUAAUGAAAUAACUCAAAUUCGUAAAUCAAUCAUUGAACAUAAUGAUGCUAACAUGGUAAAAGAUGAUGUUAUAAAUGUUGAAGAAAAAAUAAAAAAUUUUGAAAAACAAUUACCUCAUAAAACAGAAUCAUCAGAAAAUUCCAAUGAUAAUAAUAACAAUAACACACCAACUAUGAAUACCACCACCACCACAACUAAAAAAACCAAUACUACUUCACCUGGUUUAGUAAAGGCUUUAAAAAAUAAACAUAAGAAGUUAUUAUUAACUAUACAAAAUAUUAAGAUUGCUUUGGCUGAAAACAAAUUACAAAUGGCUGCCUACUUGUCACCUUCAUCACCCUCAUCACCUACUUCUGCCAAUUCUGAAUUUGAUAAAUUAGCUAACAUAAUUGAACAAAAAUUAGAAAAUUUCUAUACAAGAUUAUCUUCUCCUCCAACAUACAUGUUGGACUGUAACACAAAUAAUAGUGGUAUUGACAAUGAUACAGAUCAUGAUUGUACAAAUGAUAAAAAUAAUGAAGAAGGAAUAGAAGAGGUGGAGCCUGAACAAGUUCAUGGUUUGACAUGUAAUGAUGAUCAUGUUGAAGAGUGGAGUGAACGUUAUAACAAGAUAGAAUCUGAAUUGAUUCUGUUUGAGAGAAGUUUAUGGGUAGAAUUCUGGUUGAAGUCUGAACCUGCUAAACGAUUACGUGGUGAAGAGGUGAUUGGUAGAAUUAAUAAGGCAGAGAAAACAUUUGCUGAUAUUAAAGAUUUGAUGAUUUUGCGCCAAAAUAAUCUACAAACGAUUAGAGAAGGCAGAAAAUUUGCAAAAAGUGCUAAUGCAAUCAGAGAUCAACUUGACAUCAUAAAGGGUAAGAUGAGGCGUCAAGAUACCAAGACUGAUGCUUCAAUACAAGAAUUAGAUGCUCAUAUGGCUGAUGCCUUGGAAAUGUUAAAUAAUCUUGAAUCAGCUUAUCAACAUUUGAUAGCUCCUGAUGUUGGAGAUGAAAGGUACCGUGAAAGAUUUGAUGAACAACUAAAUCAGUUUAAUUUGGUAGAAGCUUGGAUUAAAGAAGUAAAAAUUUGGUUCAAAGAGGCUGAACGUAUGCGUGUAUGGAUAGAUAAGCACAUUGUGGUAUUAGAAAAUUUUCCAAAGUUUGACGCUCUUCAAGAAGGUAAAGUACCUGCUACUCAAGAACAGGUUGAUGAAUGGCAAGAUGAUUAUGAUAAAUUGGAAUUAGAAGUUGAGAAAUUUGAUGCUGAAGAUAUGACUAGAUUAAGAGCUCAUCAACUUGAUAUUUUAUUGGGAUUAUCGAAACAAAGAUCAAAUGAUUUAUCUGUGUUGGCACUUAGAGUAGAUUGGGAACGUGAAUUUGCUAAAGCUUUAAAUACAUGGAAUAUAUUGAUAAACAGCAUUAAAGAUUUUAUUAUAAACAGAGGUAGAUGGAAACAACCAAUUGGUAUAAGAGAUGAUGAUGGAUGGUUCAUUAAUGCUAAUCAACCAAACCAGAAAGAUGUGUUAAUUGAAUUAGAAUCAAUAAAUCAGUAUGUAAUAAGUUUUGAAAGUGUCAACAUACCUGAAACUGGGCAAAUAUUUGAUGAAUUAGUGGAGACCUCAUUAGUGGAAGUGCCUGAACAUCUACUUAUACGACAAGAAAACCUUGAAGAAAGUGAUCUGGUAUUUUUAAAAUUAUAUUUUGAAUUUUGUAGAAAUGUUUUGCAGCAACGUCAAGAAGUUUUAGAGUAUGCUCAAGUCAGUGAAACUACUUAUAUUGAUGGCUUGAAAUUAAAAAAUGAAUUAAUAGAAGAAGAAAGAAAUCCAAGAGGUGGUCUCAUAGAAAAGAAAUUCAUAGAAAGAGUUGAGGAAUUUAAUAAAAAUAUUGAACAAGCUUGGAGUAAUAUUGGUGAAAAAGUUAUCUACCCAGAUCACUCAGAUCAUGAUCAAAAUGAAAAUCAUUUGGUCAAGGAAGGUGUUGAUGCUUAUCAUCGUAAAAUGGAAGACUUGAAGUUUAAAGUUAACAAAGCAAUGAAAGAUUAUCAAGAUGCUUUUAGACUACUCGAGAAGGAAUUACAACAAAAAUCAGAUGACUUGUUUAAUGAUAUUUCUAAUUUAGAAGAUUUGGUCAACAAAAGAUUGGCAAUGCUUGAGGAACGUAAGAUUGAUCCAUUGGAAACUGAAUGUUUACAUAAUGAGGAACAAGUGAAAGAAUUGUUGAAAGAACAUGAAGAAUUUUUAGCUGAAAAUAAUAGAAUUGAUUUGGAGGAUAUUAAUCAAAUUAAAGAAGGUAUUGAGAAAUUGGUCGAGGACAUCAAGUCAUCAAAUAAUGAUGAUCCUGUUGAUCAGAUACAUUUACAUGAUGCUUUUAAAAAGUUGAAUGAAAAGUUUGCUGAACUACAAUUAAAAACAUCAGAAAGACAAUUAGACCUAUCAGUAUUACAGCCAUGUGCUAGUUGGGAAGAUAAAAUUGCUCCUGGAAUGCAAUCUUUGAAUGAUUUAAUUAAUGAAGUUAACAAAUUCAUUGCAGAAAAAGCCAGAUGGAAACCUGAUGAUCAUGACAAUAAUAGCACUACACCUGUUGAUAUUUUAACCAAUGAUGAUGGUAAAGUUGAUAAUCUAGGUAAAGUUGCUUCAAAUGAAAAUAAAGUAACUAAUGAUUCGACUACUAUUUCAACUAUUGAUGAUAAAACAGCAAAAGAACCAAAAUUAGAUUCAAAACAAAAAUCUCACAGCUUGGAAGAAAAUACUGGCAAAGAUGAUAAACCAACUUCAACUGAAAAGAAUAUAAGCUCGGAUGAAGAAGGGGCAAGUUUGAACGUAAAUAAACCAAUUCCAGAGGAAACAAAAUUAGAUCUGAAACAAGAGUUUGAAACCUUGGCAGGAAAAGUAAAAGAUUUUCAAGAAAAUGUAUUGGAACCAUUGAAAUCAUCAAAUGAAGAUAUGGUUUCAGCAAUCAAAGACUUACUAUCAAAGGAAUGUCCAAAGCAUUUAUCAGAUCGUCAAUCAGAUUUUGAAAAGAAAUUUGAUUAUUUGAUGGAUAGAGUAAAUCAGGGUAAAAAUGUUUUGGAACAACAUGACGCAAUCAAUGACUUUUUGAAACAGGCCAAAGGCAUUAUUGAUUGGGUGAAUCCACAUUUAAAAGUUCUUGAUGAUAUAUUGAAAGAUGAUACUUUGGGCGAACUUAGUGAAGACAAACUACAUGAUUUAUUAGAAGAAGUCAAUUUUGUUGAAUCAGAACAAAAGGCAUAUACUGAUUUUUAUGAGCAAGUUAAGAAUUUAGCAAAUGAUUUAGUAAACCAAAUGAACAAAGAGAUUGCUGCUAACAACAACAACAAUAGUGAUGGAGAUAUUGAUCUUGGUAUUGAAGCAUUAAAUUCUAAAGAAGUGGAAAUUGAUGCUUUAUGGCAAGAAUUACAAGAUACUAUACCAAAAACCAAACAACAAUUAGAUCAGGCAUUACAAGUAGUUGAUUUCAAAGAGAGGAUCAAAGAAAACUUCUCCAAAGUUGACAACUUAUCUGAUAUAAUAUCAUCAUCAUUGGUGGAUGAGGUGAGCAAGGAUGACAUCAAAGAUUGGCAAAUUGAAUUGAAUGGUUUAGAGCAAACGGAACUAUUCUCAUUGAUUAAGCUACAUGAUAAUGUCAAAGAGAGUCUUUCAACAAAUCUUGGAGCAAUUACCAAGAAAGAGUCAGUUGUUCUUGAGGAUCUAUUAAGGAAUGUUGCAGAUAAGAUCAAUAAUCUAAAGAAAUUGAUGAACAAUAAGAUUGAUGAAGUUGAUGCACACAUAUCAGCACAAAUCACUGGGGAAUAUUUGGCUAGAGUUAAUGAUUUACAAAGUUGGAUUGAAAGACAAUUUGAGGAUUUUAUCAAUGGUCAGUCACAACAUGGUAUAAUGGUGGAGACAUCUGAGCAAACAAAUAAAGAAAAUCUUGAAAACUUGUCUAUAGUAUUUGAUAAUUUCCAAAAAAAAUUGCCAGAGAAAUUUGAACAGUUCAAUAGUAUAAUAGAAGAAUUUAAUAAUAUCACAUCACAAGAAGACAUACGUGAAUUGCAGGAUGUAGUCAAGGCACAAACAGAAUUGAAUAAAUUGUGGGAAAAUUUGGAUUUAAAAUCAAAUGAAUUCAAAGAUUUCAUCAAUAAAGUUGGAAAAUGGCAUGACCAACAUGAUAUUAUAUAUCACGUAGAGAAUGAUAUUUUUGACGGACUUGAGAAUUGUAUCAAUAAAUUACCUAGUACACAUUAUGACAAUUUAGAAUUUGAAGCUAAAGGGUUGGAUGACAAAUUACAAAAUGCUAAAAAAAUGCUCGAAGCAGCCAAAUUUGGUGCUGGCCAGAUAGUUGAUGUUGAAAAUGAUAUUUUAGAUAAUACAAAUCGUCAAAAUUUUAAUAAGCAUCUUUUUGAUAUCACUACUCAGCUUACUGAAUUAUCAAAUCUGUUUCAAAAAGCAAUAGAAAAAGCCAAUAAUGCUUCAUUAUUGACAACAUUUGAUGCAGAUGUUGAUAAAAUUAUUAAUGCAUGUUUGGAAGAUGCCUCAAAAGUUGAAUCGAGACAUAAUGAGUUCAAUGAUAGUGAAUAUUAUUCAUUGAAAGCCAGUGAAUUGAACGAUCUGAUUAAUAAUGCCAUGAUUGGAGUUUCAGAUAUUGAGGGAACACUGAAGAAAUAUGAAGCACAAAUAAAUGUUAACUUGAAAGCUGAGGCUGAUAAGUUAAUCAAAAUGGAUCCUGAAGCAAAUAAGGAUCGUGUACAGAGCAUAUUAAAUAAAGCUACGCGAGCAUUGGAAAACUUUUCAAAUAGUAUUUCAGCUGAGAGAUGUGAAAUUGAAACAGCCAAGAAAAUUUAUCCACAAACUGAAGCAUCAGAAGAUAUUAAGAAAUGGAUUUCAGCUUGUAAGGUGGCUGCAUUAAACAUUCAAGUUGGUGAUAUGGAUCAAGAAGCAGAAAUCAAAGAAUUAGAAGAAAAUGCAAUGACUUUUCAACCUACUAUUGAUGCUUAUAAAGAUAUGAGUCAACGUGUUAUUUUGCCAAUCAUCGUUAAUGAUACUAAUGCCACUAGCAAUAAUAAUGUUGAAAUUGAACCUAAAAUUAAAUAUGCUGUAGAAGCCAGAACAAAUAAAGUGUUAGAAGAUUGGGAUUCGUUAACAGAUUUAUUGAAAAGUUUAAGAUCAAGCUUGAAUGCAUCUAAAGAAGUACAAGAAGUUUCAAAAGCCAUCAAAGAUAUCUUAGCAUCAAUUGAUCAAGUGAAAGAACGAGUUUUGAACAUUGAAUCAUUCUUUAUUGAUGAGGGAGUACCAAAAUUACCAACAAAAGAUGAUGUUGAAAACAACCUAAGAGAACUUGAUGAAAUACAAGCUGAAGUUGAUCAUAUACUUGGACCAAGAAUUGAAGCAUUAGAUGAAAAUAUCAACAAUUUACCAGAGCAUGAAACCAGUUUCGUUCAACAACGUUCAGGUAUAGCAGAAAUAUUGACAAAUUUGGCAGGAAUAAUGGAUAACAAACGAUCACAACUACAUGAAGCUGAGAAAUUGGCAAUUUUCGGUACUAAGGCAGAUGAAAUGAAUACAUUGAUGAGCUCACUGCUUGAAAUUGUUGAUUUAGCCACAACAACAAUGGAUGGAUCACCAUUAUCAUCAUUGAAUAAAAUAGAAUUGGAUGCAAGGUCGAUUGAGUUGGAAAAGCAAUAUUCACAUUACCAACCUAAAAUAGAUCAGAAACUUGAAGAUGUAAAACAAGUAUCAGAAUCGGUUAAAGAUGAUUGGCGAGUAAUUGAUCGAUUGAGUAUUUUGAAGGAACAAUGGGCAGAAUUGACUGAAGUGACAAAUGCCAAACAAGAUGAAUUGAAAAAAUUACCAUCUGAAGAACAAAAUAUUAAAACUGAAAGGCGUACAAGAUCCAAUUCUCAAACAUUAUCACCGCACAGAAACUUUUCACCAACUAGAAAAAGAUCAUUAUCUGCAAGACCUCCAUCACCUAGGAAACGUGGUGCGGUAUCACCAGGAUUAUCGCCAGGACCAAGACAUCGUCAAUCCAAUAGAUUAACACCAAGUCCAACAUCAGGAUUGCUAGGAUCACCAAAAAAACCAGCAACAAGAUUAUCGCCACAUAUAGUCAAUAAUUAUUUACCUGAUCCAAAAGUCCAAUUAGAUGUUGAGGUGGCAAGGAUAGUUAAUGCAUCCCCAGUGAAAAUAAAAGUUUCCGUCGUAGAGAGAGAAUCUGGAAAAUAUAUGUUUGGAGAGGCUGAGCCUAAACUUUGUCAUUGUCGUAUUUUAAAAAGUAGAAUGGUAAUGGUUAGAGUUGGCGGAGGAUGGGCUGAAUUGUCAAAGUAG